UAGGGUUUGUCAGUCGGGACCCUUUUAAUGGUCAAACCUUAUUUAAGUUUUAUCCCAACACCAGCUAUUUGUGAGGAGUUGGUAUAUAAUUGCUAUGUUACAUUCAUAUGGUGUUGCAACUCCGCUGUUUUUCAGCUUCAAAAGUUGAAGGUGGAGCCUGUCCUUUUGCAUCACCUUUCACAGCUUAGAGUUCUCCAAGGGGUGGAACUUAGGAUGGCCACAAGUACAAGGUUAAAGACAUGUUUGUAUAGCUUCACUUCUCCUGGUGGUCCUAUGUAUCCAACAAGAGCUGUUCGUCAUGCAACCUGGGAUGCUUUGGACUUUCUCUUCCCUGUGAGUGUAUUCUGUUUAUUGUCCAUCGCAUGUAUAUAUACCCUGUGUUACACUUUCUAUGUGAUUGCAAUUCUUUACAUUACAGUUAUUCCAAGCAUCUUUAACUUUGUACUAUCUUGAUCCCUUGAGGGGAGAUAUUGGGCAAGAUUUACAGGAAGUAGUGCAAAAGUUAAUAAUUCUACUUACUGUCAUUUUUAAUGCUCUAUAUAAUAUCAAAUAAUGUAUGUUAAUUUCAGAAGUUGUUUUAACUUUCAUAGUAGUAUCUUAAUCCCUUCUGCCCGUAAGAUUUCCAAAAAAAGGGAUAAUAUCUCAUGGCAAAAAGUAUUGGUGCCAAUUAAUUUUCAGUUUUAAUAUUGUUUUACCUUUUGGAUAUUAAUGGUUAUUCCGAAUUAAUUUUGUGUAGGGACUCAUUCAACUGGGAAGCAUUGAAUGUGGGUUUUAUAUAAUGAGAUACAUGAGAUAUAGUUGAGAAUGGGUUGACAUUACUAAAAAACAAUGUAAAUUUUUUUUU